CAAAAUCACAUGACUUUUACUUCCACGCAUGCGUGGAUUGAAAGGCAAAAUUCUGGGCGAGGCAGUGCGUCAUAGGGAGGACAAAUUAUAGGAGUUUUCUCGUCGAACUGCGACAGAACAUUGCUAAAAUGAGCGACGAUAAGCCGUUUUACGAGCCCGAGGAGUCCGAUGAGGACCCAAAGCCCAAAUUUGAGCUCUACAUUAAGGCUUCCAGUAUUGAUGGAGAAAUGAAAGGCUCUUGUCCAAUAUGCCAACAGUGGUUCAUGGUCGCAUAUCUUCUGGCUGAACAAAAAAACGCCAGCUUCAAGGUUUUUACAGUUCAGGCGAACACACCACCUCAGACAUUUAAAGACAAGGUCCAAAGCAAAAUAUUCCCUGUUGUGAUUGGAACAAGUGGGAAAAAUGUCAAUGGCCAGGAUAUUUCUGGGAUCGUUUAUGACAGUUAUGAUGAUGUUGAAAAAUUCUUUGAGAGUAUAAACUUUAACUGUCCUAAACUGAAGAGAACACAACAGACCAAUAUUGCUAGUCUGAAAAUAUUUGAGGAUUUAUAUAAGAAUUUCAACUUAUUCUUACAAAAUCCCAGCUCGGAUGGGAAAAAGCUGUUGCAGGACUUGCGGAAUUUGAACGGUCACUUGGAGAUACAGGGGACACCAUUUCUGACAGGAUCAUCUCUAGCUUAUGCUGACUGUGUACUACUGCCAAAACUACAGCACAUACGUAUGGCAGGAGAGCAAUACAGGGAUUUUAAAAUCCCAGAUGAGUUGAAUUUUAUCUGGGACUAUUUGGAACGUGGGUACGAGACUACAGCCUUCAGUGCAACACUGCCCUCUGAUCAGGACAUUGUCAAGCAUUACGAGAUGAGGGCUGCUGGCAAAGGCAUCAAAGGAAGACCUACAUUACAGAAACAGACAUACACGACAUCUGUCCCAACACGUGUUCCCACGACAACGGUCAACGGUGGUGGUGAAGAUGGAGAGGGGUCAAAUGGAAUGGACGAGGCCGGGGAAUAAAGGGAAGUUUAUACCGCUAAUGUGAUACAGGACAGUGUAUAUCUACAUGGUGCAUUCAUUAUCAUGAGUGGUGUCAAACUUCUAGCUUUGCACAAAUGGAAGUCAUUCAAGAGGGGAGUAACUCUGCUAGAGGUUUGGGACAUUCUCUGAUAUGAGAUGCCUUUCAAGAAGAUGUAAAGAAAAUCGACCAAUCAGGAACUUUUUGCAUGUAAAGCCAUUCCUGAGGAAAUUGUGGCACAUUUGAAAUUGUGUUGUGAUACAGAGUGGGAAAGGAAUUAUAUUCAUUUCUAUUUUUUUUUUUUUUUUUUUUUGUUGCUAAAAUUUAACAUUUAUGCAAUAUCAUCUUCUGCAUGUUGUUAAACACAAUUGUUUGGUUGAAUUUGUUACAUAAUAUAAAAACUAGUUUUAUUUUUUUUAUGGGAUAUUUUGCUGCAUGGUGAGAUAUUUUUAUAUUAAAACAGGUUGGGUCGUCAAUGCAAGGCAGUUCUGGGGAAAUUUUGUUAAGUUUGUCGGCUAUGUUACUAUUUACUCUGCCAUGUUGUAUGGGGGUUUUGUUUUGUUUUUAUUUUUUUUUUGCUUGUUUUUUUGUCAUCAUCUGGUCAUUUGUAUUAAGUAACCUAUAGAACUAAUAAACUGUCACUAUUAUGAUAUCUAUUGACUGUUCUCUACUUUCUGUAAAUUCCAACCUGAAAUAUUAAUUAAGAUAAUGAUAUUCUAGAUUAUUUUUAUAUAAGUGUAUUAGGUAGAUAACAUUGAAACAUAUCCUAUCAUUGUGCCUUUCGUUGGUUAAUGGCACGGAGCCACAUCACCAAAGAAUCAUGUAUACCUCUAGUGUAAAAAGUGUUUGAUAUCUCAAGCUUAUUCAUUGUUACCGUAGAUAUAUUUAUUUUUUUCCAUUUUUUGUCACAAAAACAAUGUACAAACUCUUGCAAACUUGCCAUACACAUUUUAAAACAAAGAUGUAUUUAGUUUCUUAACAAACUGUUUACACUUUAAUCUUAACAAGUUUUAAAUGCAUUCAUAUUAUUUCAGUGUAAUAGGUAUCAAUUCAGGUCCAUUGAUUAUAAUUAUAUAUUGAUUUUAAAUGAUCAAAUUCUGAAGAAAACUGAUCAGUGUCGGGACAUGCUUAUUGUGGGCACUUUAAGAGAAAAAAAUCCACAAUGCUUUGUGAUAAGCUUGUUGAAUUGUCCUUUCUAAGCAGCAAGGGUCAUCCCAGUGGUGACCGUGUUCUAGUCUGCUGAAAGGAUUAAUCAAUUCUAAUUAAUUAAAUCAGCAAAAUAAUUGUAUGAUUAUUGUAUAUGAUUGUGUGUGCUUCGUACAUAUUGUUACUACAUGUAUACCAGGUUAUAAUAAAUGUAUUAUACAGAC